AUGUCAUUUGCUAACUACGACUUGGAGGCCCAGACAGAUGACUUGCUGAAGCGUGGCUUGCUUCUGGCCAAACCAAAAGAUGCUGGCCCUUCAAAUUUGGACACUAUCAUACAGAACACAUCUCAUCAAAUUGAGACUUAUGGUCUGCUUGUGGCCUCUUUCAACAACGAGAAACGUCUUUUGGGCAGCAGGCGUGAUGGAAGACCGCUCAGAGAUAAACUAUCAGCCACCCAGCAGAACAUAAUGUCUCUAGGUUCAGCGGUCCGGAAGUUAAUUGCCGACGUCAACUCAGUCAUGAGCAGUUCCGGCAGCACGGACAAUGAUGUCAUUGUUUCAAAUCGUCAACAUAUGAUGAAAGACCGACUUAUCAGUGAAUUCGAUGAGCUCGAAAAAAGCUUCGAGCAAUCUGCGAGAUCCUAUGCAGAAAAGGCCGCUAGCAUCCCCCUUCAGGUGUCAACAGGCACUGCUAAUUUCAACGAGUCCUCUCCGCUCCUUUCAAUUAGUACCAAUAACCGAGAUUCUAAUCAAGAGCAUAUUCAGGUUCAGGAAACCGAGCAGAAGAUUGACGAGACCGAACUACAGUAUCAUGUGUUGCUCACCGAGGAAAGGAAUCGUCAGAUCGAGCAGGUGGCAGAGGGCAUUCGCGAGGUGAAUUCCAUAUUCAAAGAUUUAGGAGAGCUUGUUAACCAGCAGGGCGAGCAACUUGAUACAGUUGAGGAAAAUGUCUUGCAAAUGAGUGGGAAUGCACAUGACGCUUCGCGUGAGCUCACAAAGGCGCACGAAUACCAAAAGAGACGGAGCAAAUGGAGAUGCAUCUUGCUUGUAGCACUCUGUGUGGCUGCGCUAAUAGUUGUAUUGGCAGUCAUCAGCUGA